UGGAGUUUCAGUCCAGUGCGCUCGCGAGUCGAGUCACGCAGCGGAUAUCCACGUCGUUACGCACAGAUUUACCAGGACCUGCGGAUCGCUUCUCAAGUGUGCUCGGUUUCCACGUCUGCCUUGCAAACUUCGCCAUUUUAUUUGGAGAACUCGAGCGCGUGCAUGAGUAUGUACGGCUCGCAGCGCGUGCUCAACAAGACGGUCCGCCGCACCGGAUCACGGAGCGAUGAGAACGCGGCCGCGUAUCCGUAUGCGCGCAGCGAGAUGGUGGUGCAGCGGGGGGAUAAUGGAUACGUGCAGGAGUAUAUAGAGUCAGGAUUCAGCCACAAUGUCUCCAGACAAUCCACAAGUGCCGGUCAAGUAUCCAACAUGAGCUCGAUACAAAAGCAGAUUUCACUUCUACAGAGCCAGUGUCAAGAUUUCCUGGACACAGCCGAAUACUGUUUACAGAAUGGGAAAGAUUCACGCGCUCUCGCUGAAGCCGAUAAGUAUCUGGCGUCUGCUUUUGAAGCCUGCGAACAGCUCAAAGGCUUCGCGUUGGACCUCACUCAACAGAACAUGCCCACUGAAAACAUCACGCGGAGUUUGAAUAUAUUUAUGGAUCAGUACAGAGAGCUCAGUGCCGCUCUAAACGGCCCUCAACAACAGAAGGUGACCAGCAGAUCGAUCAGACGCAGCGUGAGUCGAGAGGAACCCAACAGACUCUUCAUUGAGGCCAUGGGCUGGAUUACACAACAGAAGCGACUGAUUGAGACAUCGAAUUGGGCAGAAGACAUAACAACCAUCGAGCAGCAGAUUGCCAAUCACACCGCCUUUCAAAGCUCCAUCCAGAGGAGUGUGGUGGUUGACAGAGCUCGAGCAGAUCUGAUGCGAGCUAAAGACCAAAACGCAGAUGUAAACAAAUCCAAUCUGAACAAAAUGGAACAAGAAUGGGACAGUCUGCAGAAAGCGUCAUACCAGAGAGGCGAUCAGCUGCAGGAACUGAGGACCAUCGUCGAGGAGAUAUCCAAUCAGAUCAUGUGGGUGAAUGACAGAGAGGAAGAGGAGCUGAUGUUCGACUGGGGAGAUAAAAACAUCGACACCUACAUCCCGAAAAAAGAGGAGAGCUUUUCAAAACUGAUGAGAGAACUGGAGCUGAAGGAAAUGGAUCUGAAUGUUCUUAAAGGGAAGGUGGACAAUCUGCUGAAGAACACACACCCCGCGUCUGAUAAGAUCCAGGCUUAUAUGGAGACGCUACAGACACAGUGGAGCUGGCUACUACAGAUCACCAAAUGCAUUCAUGUCCAUCUGAAGGAAAAUGCAAAAUACAGCCAGUUCUUCAAGGAGACGACUGACAUGUACGUCAAACUCCAGAAAGAGCACGACAACAUCCGCAAGAACUUUUCCGUCAAUAAGUCGACACCGCUGCACAGUUUACUAGAACUUGCUCAGGGUCUGGAGAGAGAGCGUGAGCGUUUGACCGAGCAGAAGGAGAUGGUCCAACAGCUGGUGAUGAAAUCCAAGAACAUCAUCAGACUGAAGCCGAGAAACUCAGAGGAGAAAAUCACCAGCCAUGUGGCUGUGCGUGCGCUGUGUGACUUCAGACAAGACGAGAAGGUGAUCCGUAAGGGAGAUGAAGGGAUUCUGAAGGACAUGUGUGUUCACAUUUGGCAGGUGUUGGUCCUGAGGAUUGAAAUGCAGAUGCUCUGUCUGCCUGCUGAUGUGUGCUCAGCAGUAUAUGUGUUGUGUUUGAAUGUGAACUGUUUGUUUACUGGCAGGAAUUCUCAGUAUUAUGAAGCCAUUCUCACAGUGUGGAAUCAGCUGUACAUCAACAUAAAGAGUAUGAUCUCAUGGCAGUACUGUCUGCUGGACAUCAACCGCACCAAUUCUCUCACAAUCACCAUGCUGGCCAAAAUGGGUCCAGAGGAAUCUAUGAGUAUCAUCAAAAGUUUGGAGAUGCAUUUCCAGGAGUUUAUGAAGCAAGCUCAGGGUUCAGAGCUGUUCGGGGUGGAAGAUUUGAAGACUAUUGAGAGUCAAUACAGCGGAGCACAGAAACACUUCGGCAAACUGUCCACUGAGCUGCCCACAUACACUGCACAAGGAGAGGGAUCAGAGUAUUCUGCCGCAGUGAGUGUGAAAUUGUUGAACGAGUUCCACGCUCUCAGAUUCAAACUGGACAGGGCCGAAUCCUCCCUCGUCUCAUUCCUCUACAUCGCCAUAGCAGAGAACGCACCUGACGAGUGUGCUCGCCACAUCAUCAACACACAGGUCUUUCAGAAAGACGUGGUGUCUCUAAAGGGAGAGUUUAUAAAGCUGCGAGACUCCAUACAGGCUGAACUGAAGGACGCAAAGGACACCGAUAAAGCCAAAUACCUGAACGGUCAACUAGAUUUCAUUAAUCAGAGUCUAGUAAACCUGGACAAGUACACUGGGACUCAUCUGCAGAGGUUAAAUUCCCUGAAGUCCCUGCUGAAGACCGUAAUGAGCGCGGAGGAUGUGGUGAAGGUUUAUGAAGCUCGACUCGUUGAGAAAGAAACGGCUUCAAUGGAUCCAGAAGAGAUUCAGAAAUACCAGAAUGUGCUCAAGGAAAUGCGUAGCGACUUGGAGCAGAAACAGGAAGUACUGAAUUCACUGGAGGCGGAGUUAAGCAACGUUCAUCAGUUUAAUGAUCAGGCGGAUCAGGGCCGGUACAAGUGUAUUAUCAACUUCUCUCAGUAUGCUGAACAUGUGAACCAGCUGACAGACCGCUGGAAACGCAUUCAGAUACAAAUCAAGAGCAGGUUGGUUGACCUGGAUGCUUACCUGCCUCAGCUGCAGCGCUACCUGAACUCUAGUUCCAGUCUCAGCGGCUGGAUUGACGAGACUCAACGGCAUAUUGAUGCUCAGCAGAGCACGAAGACUGAUGACGCCAACGUUUACACGCAACUUCUCAACCAACAGAAGGCAUUAAACUCGGAUAUAAAGGCAAAGAGGGAGCUGGUUGAGACUGUACAGGAAGAUGGAGAAGCCUGUAUACAAGCUAUCAAGAAUUAUGAGCUGGAGUUAGCAUCUUAUGGUGCUGGACUAGAAACAUUACUAAGCAUCCCCAUCAAGAGAUCUGUCCUGCAGUCACCAUCUUCUGCAAUUUCAGAGGAGGUCUCUUCAUUAAAUGGACACUACUUAGAAUUACUUACCCGUUCAAAUGAUUACUACAAACUUCUUGUGGUCUCAUCGAAGAACAUAAAAGAACUGGAGAUGCGUAAUACUCAGAUUGAACUGCUUAAGGAGGAACUUGAGGAGCUGAGAGACACCAUCAAGGAUCACAAUGCCACAAAUGUCUCUUUGCAAGAAGCUCUGAUAAAAUACAAGCAGGAGCUGAGUGACUCACAGCAACAACUGCUUUCUCUGGAGGAGGUCAAGAGGAGCCAGACUUUAAAGUGCAUGGCCACGCAGGAGACCCUGGACUCCACGGAGAACCGUCUGCAAGAGCUUAUGGAGCAAAUACGUCACCUCAAAAUCCAUUUGGAAGAUGUGGAGAGGAAGAACAAAAUUGUGGAAGACCGCUAUACGUUUUUGCAAGAAGAAUAUGAUGAGACCAUGCGCAAGAAGCUCAAAGAACUGGAGCAUGCCAGCUGGGCCAAGAUGGAGUUGGAGAAGACGGUGUCUGAUCGGACCCGAGAGGUGGAACAUCUUCGCAGGGAGUUGGAACAGGAGGCGCAGCGAGUGAAGGAGGCACAGGCAGAGCUGGCAAAGAUUAGAAGGAGAAUCCAGAGAUAUGAAGGAGCAACUGAAACGACUCCAUCUCUCCCUCAGCCAAGAAGAGGCACAGAGAAGGAACCUAGAAGAGGAGGUAAAGAGACUAUAGCACAGCUACAGAGUCGCAUUCAAGAGCUCCAAGAGGAGCUGAAGCGACUGGAAUGUGAGAAGGAGAAGCAGCGACAAGUGGCAGAAGAGGAGGCCGGCAAAUGCAGAAGAACAGAGAUGGAACUUGAAAAGUCUAGCCAGGCCAUGCGUGAGUACACAUCUACCAUCACCACACUGCGUAAAAGCCAGGAAGAGACCAGUCUCGAGGCCAAACAGGCAGAUCAAGAACUCAAGAAGCUGCAGGGGACACUGGACCGUACCUUGAAGGAGCACAAGGCGUCGUCUCAGAGUCUGGCCACUAUGAAAACUGAGAUGAAUACUCUGAGACUACAGUUGAAGGAAGAGCAGGGUCGAGUCCAUGAUGCCAACAAGCGCUACGAGGCCCUUCGUUGUAACAUGGAAGAGAAGACAAUUGCUCUGAACGCAAACACUGUUGAAACGGAGCGUCUGCAGAAGAUGAGCGAAACACUUACUAAAGAGCACCUCCGUCUGGAGGAGGAAUUACGCGGCGUGCGUCUGGAGCGCGAGGAGCUUCUUAAAGGCAAAAAGCAUGAAGAUCAGGAAAUGGCGGAGCAAAUCGCAGCUUUGAAAAAACAGCUUGAUGCCAGCCAGCGUGCCGGUGCGGAGCAUGAUCGCCUUAUACGCCAGCUCUCACAAGAGAGAGAAAAACUGCAACAGGAGACAGAAAAUGUGCAAAAGCAAGCCAGCGAGACUUCCUCUGUGAUCCAAAUUUCUCAAUCUCAGUUCACUGAACUGCAGCAAGAGCGCGAUGCCCUCAUCAAGAAAAUAAAAACAAUGGAACAGGAUAUGAUGCGUUUGAAAAAGCUGGAGGAGGAGCUCACCCAUAUCAAACUUUCACUGGAGUCAGAAUUGCAAAUGAAAUCACAGCUGCAAGAGGAGAAAGACAGGAUCAACAAGGAAUUUACCCAAUGGAAAAUCAAAUGUGAUACUCAUGAGGACAAAAUACAGCAGCACAACUCAGAUUGCUCUGCCAUGGCGAGCCAUUUUAACUCGGUCAAGAGCGAGAUGGAAAGGUUGAGGGCCCUACUGAGUGAGACUGAAGAACACUACAGGAUGCAUUUGCAGACCUUGGAACAAGAGAGGACUGAGAUGCCGGUGCUGAGAAGCUCACAGCAGAACCCAGAUGGUGCUAGCAAGUACAACCAGACAGACCAACCUGACUCUUCCUCUCUGGUCUUCGAUGGUGUCCGCAAGAAGGUCACUGCGCAGCAGCUGCUAGACUGUGGCGUGAUUGACAAAGUGACAUUUGAACAGUUAAUAAAGGGUGAGCAGACUGUACAGGACGUAGCCGUCGAUAUCAGGCUCAAUCUUAAAGGCACAGGAGCGAUUGCAGGGCUAGUAGGUGGGCCUAAAGGCAAAAUUACCUUCACAGAGGCCAAAAAACAACAGUUGCUCUCAGAUGAGAGUGCAAAAAUGUUGCUGGAGGCUCAAGCCGCCACAGGGUACAUGAUAGACCCCCGAGCUAAUGUGAAAAUGACAGUUGAGGAGGCUUGUCAAAAUGGACUUGUGGAUGAAGCAGACAAGAAGCAGCUUUUGAUUGCAGAGUCCGCCUGCGUUGGGUUUCGGGAUCCCAAAACUGCAAAGCUCCUGUCAGCUAGUCAAGCCAUGAGGAAGGGAAUAAUCAAUCGAGACACAGCUCUGCGUCUACUGCAAGCACAAGAGGCGGCAGGAGGGAUCCUUGAUCCAAUCCUUAGCAUCUAUCUCUCGAAAGAUACUGCCAUGGACCGUGACCUCAUCGAUGAUGAUCUUUACCAAGCUCUAAAUGCUGCACCAGCGUGCUACAUUGAUCCCGUCACUGGUCUACAUGCCAACUAUGUUACCCUGAAGAAGCAAUGCAAGGCUGACCUCACCACCAGCUUGCUCAUGCUUCCAGCUCCAGAGAAACCCAUGACUGUGCAGGGACUCCGUGCAGAAGUUAGUGUGUCAGACCUGGUGGAUGCAAAAUUGCUGGAACCCUCAGACGUGGAAAGUCUGAGAGAGGGCAAGAUUACCAGCCAAGACAUUGAACACAGGCUUCGGGCUUAUCUACGAGGAUCAACCUGCAUUGCCGGGGUUUAUGAUGAGGCCAAUGACUGCACUUUAACCAUCUAUCAAGCCAUGAAAAAUGGGCUUCUGCAACCAGGCACUACCUUGGAGCUUCUGGAGGCCCAGGCCGCCUCAGGCUUCAUGAUAAAUCCUAUCAAUAAUGAGUACUACACAGUGGAGGAGGCCUGCAAGAAAGGUCUCGCAGGUGUGGAAUUCAAAGACAAGCUUCUUUCUGCCGAGAGAGCAGUUUCUGGGUACCAAGACCCUGGAACCAACAAGAUCAUCUCCCUUUUUGAAGCCAUUGAGCGUGGCAUCAUUGAGAAAGGUCAUGGCAUUCGACUGUUAGAGGCUCAGAUCGCAAGCGGUGGAAUUAUUGACCCUAAACACAGUCACCGAAUUGAUGUUGAUGUGGCAUAUCAGAGGGGCUACUUUGGUGAGAAGAUGAACCAGAUUCUGAAAGAUGAAGGAGAUGAAACAAAGGGUUUCUUUGACCCCAACACGGAGGAUAAUCUAACAUACCUGCAGCUGAAGAGCCGCUGCAUCACGGAUAAGAAGACAGGUCUGGUGCUACUGCCUCUUAAAGACAAAAAAAAGAGCAAGCAAAAGAACACCAUGAGAAAGAGAAGGGUGUUAAUAGUUGAUCCAGAGAGUAAUAAAGAGAUGACUGUGCGAGAAGCCUACGAGAAGAAACUCAUAGACCACCAGACAUUCCUGGAGUUGUCUCAGCAAGAGUGCGAGUGGGAGGAAACGAUCAUAACUGCCCCUGAUGGCUCUACCAGAACAGCAAUAAUGGAUGUACAGACAGGCAUUCAUUAUGACUUGAAAGAACUGCUUGAUAAGGGUGUCAUUGGCCAAGACAUAUUUGACAAGUAUCGCUCAGGAGACAUCACAGUCACACAGCUUGCUGACAUGAUCACCAAUAAGGCAAAGAACCUCAACAAACCUCUGAGCUCCACUGCCUCCUCAUCUUCAUUCACAUCCCAAACAGCACUGACAAGCCAGACCAUAAAAAGUGAAACCACACAAACUGUGCAAAGUGUCUCCACUCGGCAAGAUCUAUCCUCAACAAACAGUGCCAAACAUAUAUCCAACAUGUCAGUCAAACUGGCCCCGGUAGAAACGAUAGAGCAGCAGAAUCCAGUUGGAGCAAUUUUUUACACAGAGAUGCUGGAGAAGAUCAGCGUGUGCGAUGCCCUCAAGCGAGGAAUACUAGAUUCUUUCACUGCACAACGACUGCUGGAAGCACAAGCUUGCACCGGUGGGGUCGUGAAUCCUGAAAAUGGCCGCCGCAUGUCCAUUCAGGAAGCAACCCGUCUUGGCGUACUUGACGAGGAGAUGGCUAACAGGCUAAAACCUGCCCAGAAAGCAUAUAUUGGUUUCGAAGAUGUGAAAACGAAGCGUAAGAUGUCAGCCGCUGAGGCGGUCAAAGCAAAAUGGCUGUCAUAUGAGGCUGGGCAGCGCUUCCUUGAGUUCCAGUAUUUAACCGGUGGAUUGUUUGACCCAGAGCUUGGAUGCAGACGUACACUUGAGGAGGCCUUGCAGCUUGGCUGGCUCGACACGAGAGGAGCUCAGAGGCUCCAAGAUACACGCAACCAUCCCAAAAUGCUAACCUGCCCCAAGACUAAACUGAGGAUAUCCUACAAGGAGGCUCUGGAGGGUUGCAUGAACGAGGAGAACACGGGUGUCCGCAUGCUCCCUGCAACCACAGUUUCAUCGCAUGAAAUCGGCAGCCCGAACAACCUUUCCAAUUCAGUCUCUGCUCCAGAGUCUCGGAGCAGAUCUCAAAAUGGCUCCCAUAGGGGUAGUGUGGACUACGGUUUGUCCCCUUCUUCCUCCACCAGAUCCAGCAGCUUCAGCUACAACAGAACCUCCUUUAGCUCAGGAUCGCUCUCCUAAACACUCAUUUUAUACGGUGGCAUAUCACUCAAAAGCAGUAACAAGCUUAUUAAUAAAUAAUCACAGGAAAUGUGGAUGGUGUUCUUAACAAAUGAGCAUUUUCUACAACUUUAUUUACAUUUUUAAGAAAAUCCAAUACCAUUUGAUGUUUCUCAAAUCUAUCUUUAUAUGUCAUUGUGUGGAAUGUAUUAAUCCUAAAAAUGCCUUUUAUUCAUACCUGCUUACUAACAGUCCGGGAUUCUGAAUUUUAUUAUGAAGAUUUGAAAGUUGUUUAUAACAUUGAAUGGGCCUAGAUAUAAUUUUCUUCUUUUCACACCACUAAGAAUGUUGAAUUGCUGUCAUGUUUCACUUUAUUGCCUUUUGUAGUAGUCUGACUUACUCUGUGACCGCAUGCCGUUUUAUCUCUUAAAUAAAGACUAAAUAAAAUGUUUUGCUCAAAUGAAA